AUGGCGAAGGGUCAGAUCCCAGGCAGUGCACAGGGGCAAGGGAAAAUGGCAGAGUUAGAAGACACGGACACAGAAGAUGAUUUGGAUGUGGAAAUGUCAGGUAAAAAGGAGGAAUGCAGAAAUAUAACGGAGAUACUUCCUUUGCUCCGGAAAAAUAAAUUUCAACUGGUAGGCAGUGACAAUUUCCUUGCUAGUGUCAUUCAGAGGAGCCAGAAGUUCAUACCUUUCCUGCAGCCAAGAAUUGCCCCACAGCCCAUUGCGCAUACGGUGGUGCUAUACGGCCCUGCAGGUGUUGGGAAAAGCACCCUGGCAAAGCAGGUGUUCCUGGACUGGGCGGAGAACAACCUCAAUCAGAUGUUCAACUAUGUCUUCUACUUGAGGUGCAAGGAGCUCAACCAUGUGGGCGCUUGCAGCUUUGCAGAACUGAUCUUCAAGGACUGGCCAGAGUGGCUGGGUUGUGCGGCAGAAGUCUUUGGCCAGGCACAGAAGAUCUUGUUCAUCAUCGAUGGUUUCGAAGAGCUGAGAGUCCCUGCGGGGGCCCUGAUCCAUGAUAUCUGUGGCAACUGGGAGAGGGACCUUGGGAAGCUUGAGAUGGAGGAGGAGGACCUCUGUCCCUUCCUGGACAAGGGUGUCCUCCAGAGGGGCUGUGACGGCUGCUACUCCUUGAUCCACCUCAGCGUCCAGCAGUUCCUUGCUGCCAUGUAUUACAUUCUGGACAGUGAGGAGCAGGAAGAGGUGGAGUGCCACAGGUGGGACAUCCGGGAAGUGCAGAAGCUGUUCUCCAAGGAGGAGCGAGUGAGGAACCCCAGCCUGACCCAGGUGGGAUACUUCUUGUUUGGCCUCUCAAACGAGAAGAGGGUCCAGGAGCUGGAGUCGACUUUUGGCUGCCGGAUGUCCCUGCAGAUCAGGGAGGAAUUACUGAAAUACAGAGCGAAUCUUGAUGAGAACAAGCCCUUCUCUAGGACUGACAUGAAGGAGCUUUUGUACUGCCUCUAUGAGUCUCAGGAUGAGGGGCUGAUGAGGGACGCAAUGGUCCCCUUCACAGAAGUUUCUCUCCACUGGAUGAAUACAUUUGAAGUGAUGUACUCUUCAUUCUGCCUCAAGCAUUGUCAGAACCUGCAGAAACUCUCCCUGCAGAUAGCAAGGGGGAUAUUCCUGGAGAAUGACCCUGUGUCGCGUGAGGACGCUCAACUUGAGAGCUCAAACAAGAAUCUGAAAGUUCUGGACAUGACGCAAAGCUUCCUGAGUGACUCCUCCGUGAGGAUUCUUUGUGAUCAUAUAACCCGGUUCUCCUGUCAUCUGCAGAAAGUGGUGAUUAGAAAUGUCACCCCUGAUAGCGCUUACCGGGAUUUCUGUCUGGCUUUCGUUGGUAAGAAGACUUUGACGCACCUGACCCUGGAGGGCCACGUCCAGUGGGAUGACAUGCUGCUGCUGCUGCUGGUGGAGAACUGUCACCUUACAGAAGCCUGCUGUAAGCAACUUGCUUCUGUUUUGGUGGUCAGUCAGCAGCUGACUUACCUGUCCUUGGCCAAGAAUGACCUCGGGGAUGGUGGAGUGAAGUUUCUGUGUGAGGGCUUGGGGUACCCUGAAUGUAAACUACAGACCCUGGUGUUACGGCAAUGCAACAUUUCCAGACUUGGCUGCAAACAUCUCUCAAAGCUAUUCCAGGGACACUCCAGCCUAACAAGUUUGGACCUGGGUCUCAACUGCAUAACUACUGGAUUGUGGUUUCUCUGUAAGGCCUUGAAGAAUCCAUUUUGUAACCUAAAAUAUCUNNGGCUCUGGGGCUGCUCCCUCACGCCCUUCUCUUGUCAGGAUCUCUCAUCAGCUCUUCUUAGCAACCAGAAGCUGGAGAGCCUGGACCUAGGCCAGAAUAACUUGGGGCAGAGUGGAGUCACUCUGCUCUUUGAGGCUUUAAAACAAAAGAAUGGACCCUUGAAGACACUCAGGUUGAAGGCAUAUGAGUCUAAUUUGAAAAUCCAAGUGCUGUUGGAGUAUAUAAAAGAAAACAAUCCUCAACUGACAAUUGACUGUGAUGCUGCCAGGACGACUAGAUCAUCAUCUUGUUAUUACCUCUCCUGA